UGUAAGGUUACGCGAGAACAGAGCAACGAUGUUUUGGGACGUUGGAAAAUUCCCACGAGAGGAAGCGCUACCAGUUUCUGCUUAGUCGGGGUGUCGAUGCUUAGAAGGCGACGCCAGCGAAGUUCUUCCGCCCACGUCAGUCGCAGGAGAGAAUCGACUUCAAACAGAAAAUAAUCAACCUGGAUGGAACGCCUAUUAAACUUCAAAUCUGGGACACGGCGGGGCAGGAGCGGUUCCGCACUCUCACCACGGCCUACUACCGCGGCGCCAUGGGCAUCCUGCUCAUGUACGACGUGACCAGCCUGGACUCCUUCAACCACCUCUCCUACUGGCUCCGGAACAUCCAGGAGAACGCGGCGCCCGACGUGGUGAAGGUGCUGGCGGGGAACAAGUGCGACGCGGCGGCGCAGCGAGCCGUGGAGACGGAGCGCGGGGAGAAGAUGGCGGAGAGCUUCGACAUGCCCUUCUUCGAGGUGUCGUGCAAGCAGGACGUGAACAUCGAGGAGGCCUUCCUCACGCUGGCGCGCCGCAUCCGAGAGCAGCGCCGCCGCAGGGCCAGCCUGUUCGAGAGCGGGGACAAGUCGCCGACGCACGUUGACCUGACGCAGCCACAGAACUCGGACGCGUGGCGCUGCUCCUCGUGCUAGCUGUUCGGCGCGCCUUUCGCUGUCUCCCCCCCGUCCGCUCCUCCUAUCCCUCCCGCCCCUGGCCCCGCGCAGCCGGUUUCCCCCAGGGGGAAUGCUGGACCCUCGACGACCCGCCGCGCGCACGCCCCCACCGGCGCCCGACAUGAGGCGAGGCGAGGCACACGCGGCGAUGGCGGCUGCGGCGCCCCCAUGCCCCUCUCCCCAAACCGUCACACCCCCCGCGCCUGAGUGCAUCGCAGCAGAGCAGCUGUCGCUCGCGUGCGAAAGGGCUGCGAGAGAAAUUUCCGGGCUCCUUCCGAUGCAAUCACAUUUCUCUUCGACGAAAUGCUCCGUGGGGUUCAGAAACGAGGGUCAUUCGAGAGUUGUAUCGUGUGGGAUGUCGCUCGAGAGCUUUUAGAGUGACGAAUUCUAUAGGAUAUUGCUAGGUGGGGUUUUUGAGAAUGAAAUUUUGCAGGGGACUAUUAAUAUAAGGGUAUUUAGAUGGAUAAAUUACAUAGGGCAGUGAUAUUCAAUCAAAUGUUUGCGUACUUUGAUUAUUGUAAUUUAUCGAAUUUGUUUCAAAGAACAACUACAACUAAAUUAAUAAAUUAUAUCAUUGUGUAGGGCUAACAAAACAGAGAAAUUUCCUGAUUAUCUCUCUGAUAUAGUCGGAUUUAUAUUUCUAAUCUAUUUGUGAUCUCGUAAGCAAGUAAUAUUAGUGCGCGAAACACAUAUAGAUUCAAUAUCACUGAUAUAGGGCAUAAUUGUGAAAGUCUUUUGACAAUGAAAUUCCUUCGUAGAUCUCUACGAAGGUGUUUCGAGUGUGGAUUCGGUGGGAUAUUGAUGUGAGGGUCCAGUAGAAGUGAUGAGCUCGCUUUUCUUCUUUUCCAACACUUCGAAUAUUCCUUUCCUUCUACAAAUUUUAAAAUUCAACGCACUGAAAACGAAAGGUCCAUAAUCUACCUAACGAGAACGUGGGAAACAAUUUGACCUAGAUAGAGAAAACUACUGUACCAUAAGUGUGCAUGAAAGCAUCUUUUGCGAGAGAUUUAAGUGAAAAGUGUCUUUUCUGAGAUAAAAAAUAUAGUGGACACCUAUAACGCCUCUGAUUAUACCUGACCUGGAACGCCUUCGCGGUUCCACCCAUGAUUAAUGAACGCUAAUUUAUUGGAUUUUAAAUAUACAGUAGACAACAGUAAAAUAAUAAUUUCCCUUUUUUAUUUGAAUUACGAGAAUCAGUGGAGGAAUGAUAGUCUCAGAGUCAAUUUCUUAUCCCAUUAUCGCGAAUAAGAAUAACCUUAUAGAAAACACUGCAAAUAUUAUGUUGUUUGCAAUAUUUUGACUUCUAGUUACAUCAAUAGGCUUCUAUAUAUUUUAGUAUCACACUUGCGAUUAAAAUAACUGGUGAUGUGAUUUUCUAAUCUAAUAUAAACCUUUCCUUUUUCCAUAAAUUUAUUUUAGUUAAAAUUAUUAUUUAUUUUUGCCAUUUAUUAUCAGAGACUUUUCAUUUUCAUCUCUUUUUAUGUCUUGAUUGACACUAUCUUUAGCGAAUCCGAUGGAAUGAUGUGAAAAAUAGUCCACCUUUUUCAAGUUAAUAUUUGAAGAAAAGUCAAUAUCUUAGUAGCUAUUAUUUUUACACUUAUUGAGUAAAGUAAAUAGAUAUAUAAAUGUAGUAGUAUUAAAUAAAAUGACUGACAAGAUUUCAGAGAAUUUAGUAAGCAAUCAAGGUGAAAUAAAUGUGACUUUUCAUGUUAUUAAUGAAACUGAAAACAAAUUUUAGAAUUAUUAAAUUGAUCAGAAAAUAAUUUAUUUUAAUAUUGUUCGGUUUUGCCAAGAAAAUUGUUACCUUUUUGGUACAUCACUUACAAAAUACAAGUUUUGCGCUGUAACUAAAGCUCAAACGCACGUGGUGCAUCUGCAUCACAAGCACACUUAUUGGGAAUUGAGAAGUGAGACGUGUGAUCUCUGCGCUCAUCUCUCGCCGCGCGUAUCCCCCUUCCCGCCAGCAAAUCCUUGUGAGUUUCCCUGGAACACGCGUGGCGCCGCCUUCGCAAGAGACGGUUGGGUUCGGAGCCAACAGGGUUUUGAUCUCGACCGAGGCUCCGCGCCCUCGAAACGCCUACGCCAGGCCUAGCGCUCUGACCUCCCUCCCUCGGUCUCAUCCCCGCCGCCCUUCAUCUGGCGGAGCUCUGCCCUUGUCUCAGACACCCCCCCCGCUAGAGAGUGCGUCCCAGCUCUUUCCUACGCUCGCUGGGGCAACCGGAUAUUUUCAUUCCAUUCCGAAGUCUUGUGUCGUCCCAACAAAAACAAACUCGGCGACUCGACCCAACGUAAACGCACCAGGAAGAGCCUCUUCGCCCUUCGGUUCAAACAUAAAAACCGCGAACUCCGCGGAAAAAAAACGAACCUUGGAAGUUAAAGUCGCGAUGAAUUACGAGAUGUUCCAUGAAUAAAAGCCCUCGUGUCUGGCUGGUAGCCAAAGCCCCCUAAACUUGCAGAGGCGGGCGCUUCGUAGCACAGUUUCCUAUCGAUCCCGCUUGAGGCGCUGCCGCCGGGCGCUGACGCGGCCAGCACCCUCGCGGGCUUGACAACUUAAUUACUGCUAAUUCCGCAAGAGGCGCUCCGAACGUGACUGUGCGAGAAACAAACGAGCGGCGUGGUGCGGAGGUGCAGCAGUCAUCCUCCGCCUCGCUCGUCGCUCCCGUGGUUCUCGUCGGCGUCGAUUUUGCGGUACCAGGGUGGCGACGUAAUUUGGAAGGGGAGGCCGACUGAUGUUGCGGGUAAAACAUUGAGGGAAGCGGAGAAAGCUAAUUGCUGGCGGCCGUUGACUCGAUCCCCGCGCUCGACUCGAGCGUGUGUAAGUGCACGAGGGGAGGAGUAAUUGUGCGAGGAGUCGGGGAAAUGGACGAGUGCUUCGGAACAGAGCUCUCUAGUUUCCAGCCAUGCCACUGUUAUACACUGCGUCGCUAGGGAAACGAGCACUUCAAUAUCAAAAACAAAUGAGACUAAAGAAACGAAAUUAAUGUACGAGUAGCCUCACUCGAACAAGGGAAAACAAUUUCUCUCCAUUUACAUACAAAUUACAAAACUACAGAGCCGGCGAACUCAAUUCAAAUUCAAUUCAAAUGCGUAUUUACCCAUACGUUAAAAUGCCAUUUGUUCUAUUGGAACAUCAUCCCUGUAUGCGGAUGAAUGUUUAAAGUGUUUUUAGAGAAUCAUUUGGGUCGUGUCUUCAGAAAAUUAGGACUUAACAUGUAUUAUAAAAUUCUUCUUCAUAAACUAUACAAUAACAAACAAGACAAAAAAGGUUUCUGUUAUAUUCGAGAAUGCUUAAAAUUACGAUCGGAUGUUUGUAAUGGUUUAUGAAUAUUGUAAUAGGUAUUUACCUACAAUACAAUGAACAUACAAUACAACAAAGCAUUAAUUCAGGGACUGUGAAUCCAGAACGAGAAAAUGAUCUCCAUGACGAAUAGUAAGCAACAUGGUGAAGUUGACUGAUUAUUUAAUUUUUGUUAUGACAAUCAAUGGAAUGAUAAUUAAUCAUAAACUUCCAGUGGUUCAUGUCCACAUUUGUUCUUCAAUCGUAACUUCCUUCUAUGGGAGCCACGCUCGAAUGCGCAGCGAGUGCAAUCUAGUGCUGACAAGGCACGCUCCACCGAUGUAUCUCAAAGCGGCAAGCAAGUCGCGGUGGGCGACAUCCCGAGCUAUUUUCGACUCAGCCGAGAGAGAGACAAUCGAUUGCAGCGAGCAGGGCGAGGCCGUAUUUUUCCGACAGCGUUGUUGCUCUGUCCGAGCGCAAGCCGCGUUCUCCUGACCUUCUCUACCCUCGGGGGGGGGGGCGCCCCUUAGGGUGGCAAGAUGCGAGUUGUGGCCACCCCAUGACCCCAUUCUCUUUCCUCCGACUCCCCCGCGACUUUCGUCGUCACCCCCGCUUUCCCUUCACAAGAGAACGGCUCGAUCCUGUUUGGCGAGUGUUACCAGCCGGUGCAGAACAUUUCUUUGACCGACGACACAUAAUGGGCGUUCGCCGUCGUUUUAUCUAUUUAUUUCAUCAAUAAUAAACUGUUUUCAUUUUAUUUCUUUUUUAAAUUAAUUUACCUUCUUGUGUGAUCUCAAGAAUUUAUUUAAACCAGCCUCUGCCGCCGCCGUAUUUUCUCUUCCUCACGUUUUUCAUUCCAUGCUAAGAGAUUUUCCUUUCCGUUCGCUUUUUCAGAAACAGAUUUUCGAGUCACAUUCGUGUGUUCUAUAGCAUUUAUUUGGCAAUAAUGGUUUGUUCGUACAAAUCUAUAAAAUAUAAUCAGGCUUUUUCACGCAAUUUCUCUGCUUGUGAUGUUAUUGGUGGCUGGUUUAAAUAAAAGAAGAAACGGUUUCUCGUAUUCAAGUCAAUCAAUAAGGAAACUUCUCAGAAAGAUGCUUUCGUGCGUGAACCAAUUCCACAACGCCUUGCAUGACGCCUUCGCUGUAGCAAAACUCAUUUUCAUAAGCAUUGUACAGGACAUAUUCUUUACAUGCAGAUUAUACAAAAAAAUAUAUUUAAAAAGUAGUUCAGUCAUAUGCCGCGACACUGCGAAGCCAGUAUAUCUUGUGACACGCGCCUAAACGCCUCUCUGUGCCUCUCGUGAUAGAACCAAUGUGUUGCAUGCAGUUUAGAUAUCACGACCAAUGCCCGCCGCGUUGGGGCGGUGAAUGUUUUUGCCUUGGGUAGUAUUCAACGCACGCGUCGCACGGUUUCCAUAGCAACGGCCUCCGCUGUAGACUUGUCGGGCAGUUGCAAAGGUAGAUAGAUGUAUAUUUAAACGAUAUGCCCAAAUGUAAACAAAUUCUCGUGUACGCUCAAAACUUUUUUGUGGUUGGAUUUUAAAUACCUGAGUGUGUGAGAUUAUGAAUAGGCAUUGUAUGAAUAAGGAAACAACUAAUCGAGGUGUCAUGCCAAAAUAAAAUAAAAUUUAUUUAGUUAUAAAUUUAGUAGGAUGAAAAUACGAAUUACCAAUCCCGUCAAAUACUUUCCUUUAAAAAUUCCGAAGGAUAUAUCUAAGAGUUACUGUUCAAACCAAGUAUAUCAACGAUAUUUAAAAAUAGUGUUUAAUGAAUGCUGCAAAUGUAAAUACAGCUCAUGUGUGGCUAUUUACGUGGCUUCGUGGCAUUAUGAAUGUUUCGCCAUAUAAAGUCAUAUCGUGAAUACUUCACAUCAAAACAAGGCAAAUAGGAUUAACCUAAAAGAUGAAGCAGUGAAGAGGUUUUCUGAGCAAAGCUCAACGUCAUUGGUCUAAGACUGACUUCCAUGUUGCUGGUUCACAUCCAGGAUAUCAAUCUGAAAGCAACUUUUUAUUUUGCUGUCAUUAUCAAAGUGACAAGUAAUCUUACGAAGGGCUGAAGCUUUCAGGUUGUGAAUUGUAUCAUAUUUAUACUUAGAAAUGUGCUUUCUUGAGCCCUGUAUUGUUCCUUCACUUAUAUUAAAAUCCCUAUUAAAACUACUCCCUUCCAUACAUUAUCAAGUUUUCAAAUCUUGAUGUCAUUCUUUUAGUUGCUCUGAGAUAGAAAUCCUGGGUGACUUUUUUCCAAGUAAGAAAACCAUCAAUUAUUUACAUGUUCUCGCAAGAGAAUGUAGAGCUCUGUAUGAGAAACAUACAAUGUAAUAUAUAACAAUAUACUUGUGAUUUUUUGCUAAAUGUAUCGUGUUAAAGUACACUAAAGCUGGCCUUUAGAUGUAUAUGUGAGGGUCACACGUUGCAUUUUGUAGUUAGACUUGUGUUCUGCCAUUAUGUGUGCAAGCUAGAGAGAGUCAAAAUAAUUUUUUCCCUUCCAGUAACCACUGAGGAUCUAACCACUUGUGUUGUUACGUCAAAUAGCAAAAAAACCCUCCUGCGUUCAGGAACGGCUAGAGUGAGGUGGAGUAGCGAAACAAACUGCUCGCAGCGACAGAAACCCGAAAACUCAAGUGAAUGCGUUCGUGCCUUCACAAGAACCUAGCUUUCCGCCUAAUAGGAAUGUGUGCAAGUGCCAGGCAAAACAUACUAUUUAUAUGACAUCAGUUGACAAAUUGGAUACUUUCACAUUGUAGAUUCCGCGAUCAACUUUUCAACUCUUCGGUUAAAUAAAGACCAGGACAUAACCAGAAAUUUUAUUUUUUAGAAUAAAUUUAAUAUCUAAAACAAUCUUGAAACAUAACAAAGCAUUUUCCAAUUGAUGUCACUCUAAAAGGCACUCGAUGUUUGUUUCACAUUCCUAUUGCUUAGAUGAGGGUGCCCUAGACUGGUGUUCUCAACCGAAAUGGUUCGUGAGAUGGUCUUUCAUCAAGAGCCGCAUACAAAACUGAAAGGUCGUUUACAAAUUGUAAAAACUUAUUGAAAUGUACAUUCAAAUUCUACCCUUGUGUUGCGCAAUAAAAUGUUAAAUCCCAUUAGUUGAAGUUAAAAUUUCUGAUCACCGUCACGAUACAUGAAAAAUUAAUAGCAAGGAUUAAAAUUUGAAAUUAAUUGGUCAGUUUGUCUCACGCACCAAAUGAGUCGCAGAACACUGUUUUAGCACCGAAAACACCACUACGUGUUCUACCUCAAACUGAGACGCGUGAUUUUCUAAUAAUAAGCAGCUUUCGUCAACUUGUUCCAUUAGAACAAAUUCCUCUGUCGUUUACCGACGAUUAAGUUAUUUUGCUUUCUAUUGACCACUGGGACCAGCAUAGAGAAAAAUAUAUGAGAACGCGUUGGGUUGCUGUUUGUAAAAUCGUCUUAAAACUGUGAAAUCAAACAAAGCUCAUGUUUGUAACGCCCUCCUUUGGAGAGCUCCUGUCACGAUGACAGUUAUUCAGUGUUUCAGUGUUAUAAGUAUCUGUAACGAUUGUAAAAACUGUAGAUUUAGCGUGCUAUUACUAUAUUAUUUUCCAGUGCAUGAAAUGCGCACAACACAGUAAUAUAAAUCGAUUCUAAGUUUUGGUUUGGUAAGCGAUAUAUGAAUGACAUUUUCUUUUAUUUAUUGUAAAUACGACCAAGAUAUGGACAAGUAUUAUAAUAAAGUUUUAAGAGUAGAUAAAUAUAUUUAUAGGAGCAAUGAAAUUGCACAAGAGUAAUUUUAGAAGAUGUAAUCUACAUUUUAACUCCCACGAAAAGGUUUAUCAGCGUGUGUGUGUCCAUAGCUUGGUUGUAUGCGUUUAAAUUACGCAAUGUGAAUAGGUAAGCUGUACAUAUUUGUCGAAAACGCAUUUUCAUAAAAAUUAUCAAUGUUGCUGUUUAAUUUGAAAUAUUUUAAAGUAUUUGAACUGUGAUUUUUUCUUGUAGAUGGUAUAUGAGGGGAUUAAAACCAAGUGCGCUACAAUGAAAGCGUUUUAUUUGUACUAAGAUCCAGAGCAGUGCUUCUUGUGUGUCUCACUGUAAGUUGUAACUGUUAUUUAGACUUUGUGCAUUACAUUACAUCUACGGACAUACAUCACGUAACUAAUUAAUGAUGACACAUUUUCACAAUACAUUUAAAGUUAUUAAACACUAUUGAUUGUUUCAAAAAUAUACCUUGACUUCUUCAUACAACAUGUGAAAGGUAAUUGUAACUAUCAGC